UUCUUUCGAUGCUAAGUUUCCCAUAAUACUCCCAAAACGACACACGAUUACCUUUCUAAUUGUUGAUUGUUAUCAUCGGCGUUUACGACACGCCAAUCGUGAAACCGUGUUCAAUGAGAUCCGCCAACGUUACGAAAUACCCACACUUCGUCGGCUACUGGACAAGGUUCAACGAGCUUGCGCGCUUUGCCGCAUUGCGAAAGCUAACCCAAGGCCGCCGGUCAUGGCAUCGCUUCCUGAAAUGCGUUUGACGGCUUUCAUUCAACCCUUCACGUAUACGGGUGUGGACUAUUUCGGUCCAAUCUUGGUAAAGUUGGGCAGGAGCAACGUGAAGCGCUGGGUGGCGCUCUUCACCUGCCUUACCGUCAGAGCGGUACACAUGGAAGUAGUACAUUCACUAAGCACUAUUUCAUGCAUCAUGGCUGUUCAACGAUUUGUGGCUCGUCGCGGACAUCCAAGAGAGUUCUGGUCCGAUAAUGCCACGUGCUUUCAAGGUACUAGUAACGAACUAGAAGCGCACAACCGAGCUUUGGUCGAAAAGUUCACUACCUCUCAAUGCUCAUGGAAGUUUAUACCCCCUUCGACUCCCCACAUGGGGGGUGCGUGGGAGAGACUUGUUCGUUCAGUGAAAGUAGCUAUCGGAGCUGUUCUGGAGAGUUCACGCAAGCCUGACGAUGAAGUGUUGGAAACUAUACUCAUUGAAGCAGAAGGGAUGAUAAACUCGAGGCCGCUCACUUAUAUACCACUUGAGUCAGCCGAUCAGGAAGCAUUGACGCCUAAUCAUUUUCUGCUGGGCAACUCAUCUGGAGCAAAAUUUCUUCCCAACGGCCCACUGGAUGAUCACGUGAACCUUAGAAAAAGUUGGAACAUGGCAAGAUGCAUUGCAGAUGAAUUUUGGCGUAGGUGGCUCAAAGAGUAUCUACCAAUGAUUACUCGUAGAUGCAAAUGGUUUGAGGAUGUGAAGGACUUGCAAGUAGGCGAUUUAGUACUGCUGAUUGACGGAAAGACGAGGAAUCAAUGGGUUCGAGGACUGGUUGAAGAGAUCUACCCCGGGCGAGACGGCAGAGUACGGCAAGCGCUAGUACGGACAUCGUCGGGAAUUGUGCGUAGAUCAGCAGUGAAGCUGGCUGUAUUAGACGUCAAAGAGAAUAGUAAACCUGCCGUCGGUUCAACUGAAGUUCUAAACCCUCACCAAGGUUUACGGGCGGGGGUAUGUUAUGGCAACACUGACAACGACGGUCCUGCAAUCGACUCUAGUCUGCAUGAUGUGGAAACGUCAAUCAAAAAGUAAACAGCUGUUGCAAGGUCGUGAAUCAGCAAAUUAUUCUUUACGGUGAUUAUAUUACUUUGUGAAAUUGAUUAUAUUACGUUGUGAGAUUAUAAUUAAUCUUAAAUUUACAGCCUCUAAUCUAAAUUCCUAAUAAGCGUGAAUUCAUCUAUACCUAUAUUAGCUAGUGUUUAAUCCUAAAAAUUAAACUAGAAAACACCAAUAGCCAGCCUAGUGGGAAAACGAUCGCUCUCCACUAUCCUAAUAAGUACACCAAAUUUGUAUGUAGUAAGUAGAAAUUGUAAAAACUCGCUCUAAAAUAAACUCCCAUUUCAGCUAAAAGCAUUCACACUCAAACCACACAGUGUUGCUAUUUGGAGUUGGUGACAUAACCCAACAGCCGGGGUGGCUUCUGCUGUACAUAGUAGACGUCUCCAUUCCACUCGGUCCAAGGCAGUUUGUCUCCAGUUCCGCACUCUGCGUAGGGUCCGCAGAUCGUCCUCCACUUGGUCGACCCACCUAGCUCGCUGCGCACCACGUCUUCUUGUACCGGUCGGAUGACUCUCGAGAACCAUUUUAGUCGGGUUGCUAUCCGACAUCCUAAUGACGUGACCCGCCCACCGUAGCCUUCCGAUUUUUACGGUAUGGACGAUGGUUCUCUCAGCAGCUGAUGCAGCUCGUGGUUCAUUCGGCUUCUCCAAGUUCCGUCUUCCAUCUGCACUCCGCCGUAGAUGGUACGCAACACCUUCCGUUCGAAAACUCCAAGGGCGCAUUGGUCCUCUGCACGUAGGGUCCAUGUUUCGUGCCCAUAGAGGACGACCGGUCUAAUCAGCGUUUUGUAGAUGGUUAACUUCGUGUUACGGCGAACUUUAUUCGAUCGUA